AUGAGCAUAUAUAUAGAUUUAAAGUGGAACAAAAUUGCAAGCCCAGAGUUGUUUGUGCAUGAGGAAGGGUAUUUCAUCAUCAAAUUCCAAUCAAUUGAUGAUAUGAAAGAAAUACUAUGCUCAGGACCAUAUACUAUUAAUAGUAGACCUAUUAUUUUAAAGCCUUGGACUCCUGAAUUUGAUUUUGAUAAGGAGUUUCCUACUGAAAUACCAUUAUGGAUCAAGCUGCCAAAAUUGCCAAUGAAUUGCUGGGGGAUAAAUUCACUAAGUAGGAUAUCAAGUGCCAUAGGAAUACCAAUGUAUGCAGAUGAGUGCACAGCCAAACAAAAACGUGUGUCAUUUGACCGGAUGCUAGUGGAAGUUAAUGUGACAAAACCAUUACCUGACCAAAUUGAAGUAAUGGAUCCUAAUGGCAGAGUAUUUCAACAGCCUAUAUUGUAUGAUUGGAAGCCAUUAUUCUGUGAGAAAUGUCAAGUUAUAGGUCAUGAAUGUCCAAAGGACCAGAGAAAGAAUGAUGAACAACCAGCUAAGCAAGAAGGACACAAGAGAAUAGUGCUGAGAUGGGUGACAAAAGAACAACCAAAAGAGCAACAGGACAACAAAAAGAAUGGAGAAAAUCAGGAGGUUGGAACUGUGGUUAGAAACAUUGAAAUAGAAGGCAAGCACAAGCAAGCUGGGGAGAGACAAUCAACUGGUUUGAUGCAGGAUCAGAAACGAAGGGAGAGGAAUGAUAUCAAAGCCCCUGACAAAGGAAAAGACAAGGUACCAGAACUCAACCUACAGGAGUUCCCAAUACUAUGCUCAGUACCAACAAAGAAUGUCUUUGCAGUGUUAAACAGAGAUCAAGGUGGAUCCAAGUCUGCACCUCCUGACAAAGGGGGAGGAACAAGUUUUUAA